GGUCUUCAGUCUUCUUCCUUAAUCUCCUUCUUAACUUUCCAUCUGUCGCUUGUCCACCUACAACAGAAGCGCAGCCAUCCAGUCCUCGGAGCUUCCUGGGGAGCUAAGCUCCCAGCGCUAGGGCCCGGAGGGCUGGCUAGGGCGGAGCUCGGCUUGGGGAGCUGCAGCCCGGACUCGGCGGCUGGGGCCUGGCCACGGGGGCGCGCAGGGCUGGCGCGGAUCUGCCAGCACGUGAACUCCACCUCCAGGUUGGUUUGGCGCCGAGCGGCGGGGCUGCGGUCUCCACCCCGCUCCAGUGCCGCCUCAGCCCUUGGCAUAGUAAUCUCAGUUCCUGAUCGCGCAGGGAACUGGCUCCCGGCUGCAGCAGACCGCGGCAUGUCCCCCAGCAUCGGUGUGGCCCAGCCGGGGCUGGGAAUACACGUGCGACUGGAAGCCUAGCACCCCGCAGGCAACGGGCCCAGCCAGGGACAGCCCGCCGGUCGGAGCAGGAUGCAAGCUCUCAUCUAGUGUUCCAGCACCAUGCCUGUCUGCCUGUUGCCAUGCUCCCUUUCAUGAUGGAAAUGAACUAACUCUCUGAAAAUAACGGUAGUGAAAGGAAACCUCCAGUGAAUUGCAUUCUCCUGCUGAUUUGAAUAUCUACAGAGUGUGCUUCAUUGUUCCAGCACCAAGUCACUUCAUCAGGCCAGUUCUUUAGAGGACCCAUCCCAAUAGCUUCCCUCUGAGUUCUGACUACUUUCCAGUGGAAAACGUACUUGGGACAGACACUGGAGUGCUCUUGGAGAGAAGUCCCAUGGGGACUGUACCUGACCCUCUGAGAGUGACUAAAGCUUCCAUAGUGGCAGUUUCUGGAAAGGAAGAGGGUCGAGGAGAGCUGCAGAAUACCUCCCCACAACAAGCUCAGCCGGAUAAGAAUGCUAGCUGCAUUGGCAAUGUCCCUGCUGAACUCAGCCUCAGGCUCAGUGCAGCUGCUGAGGCCCUGAUGCAAGCUUGUGUGCAUGAGACCAGCCAGCAAGACAUGGCAUCUCCUGGUGUCCUCAAUGAGGUGGAGCAAGUGUCUCCCACACACAACCCUCCUGAUGACUCCCGGCUGCAAGGAAGCAAGGAGCUGGCUGCACUGAGCCUGACUCCUACUGCAGAGAAAGAACUUAGGUCUGCACCAUUUUUAAUGCCAGCCGUUCAGCACACUCACCAUGCCACCCAAGGUGACCCGCCAAAUACUAGCAGCAGCCUGGUACCUGAAGAUUCCACGGUGAAAUCAAAGGCAAACUCAAACAGUGAGAAAACCGAGACCUCAAGUUUUCCUACCAGGGUCCCCUGUUGCAGCAGCGAGAAACAAAUGCUCUGCGAUUUUCCUUCUCCAGAAGAUGCCCGGGGAGUUGUACAGGCUUCAGAUCCAGCAAUGGGGGUUCACUUGUCCCCUUCUGCAGACAGACCUGAUGGGGAAGGGCAGAAAGUCAACAACAACACCACAGUGGGACCCAGUGAACCUCUAGCAAGAGGAGGAUGCUCGGAGAACAAACAGCCCUUUGCCACUGCCAUGGAUACCACAGGUGAAGGGUCUGAAAACCUUCCCCCAUCCCCACUCACCAGCAGAGAUUCCACAUGUUCUCCAGAUGCACAGGAGGUGUCGCUGCCAGCGCAGCCUGCGGUGUCAAGGUUCAAAGAAGCCAGUACAAUGACCUGCCAAGCUGAAAGGGAGACUAAGGAGGUCCCUGGCAGGGCUUGGCAAGAUGCCGAAGUGCAGGCAGUGGCAAGUGUGGAGAGCAGGUCUGUCUCUACUAGCCCCAGCUUCCUCCCUGCAUUCCUAAAGGAAAUCCCUGCGCCCGAGGGUGAGAAUGGGCAAGAGCAGCUACGUGUAGUUUGCCAUGGCAAGGGCAGUGGAGGCCACUUACUGGAACUCUCUAACAGCACAGAAGACCCCAAAGAGUCAAGACAGUGUCCCGCCUUUGUGCCCAAGGUGCACAUCCUGUCAGCCGCUGCCAUUCCUGCUGCUUCCAAGGGGGAAUGCAAAACCAAAACCCAGUCAGGGGAAUCCUUUAAUUCCUCACUGAUGGCCUCCAGUCAAAACCAGGAUACAGAGGUUGAUGGGCGGGCUUCUGCAAGCAAAGAGGCAACCUCCAGGCAGCCUCCAGGUACUAAUCCUGGCUCCCAGAAAGCUAGCCCCAUUGGCCAGAUUUCCCUCAGGGCUGGGAGUCAAGGUGAGAUUAGUCAUGGGGUGGGGAACUCUGAACCCAAGCCACCUGAAUUUGUAAUGAAAAUUACAAAUGACCACAAAACAGAGCCAGACUGCAAACUCCCUGACUCCCGUGGAGGUGCCAGUAAAGAUGACCGGCUGGAGAGCUUGAACCCUGCUGAUAAAAGAGGUGCAAAGCACGGGAAGCCUGCUGCUCCUCAUAUUGUAAAAGAGCACACACCUGGGACCACCUGCACCCUAGGUGCCAAAACCCUACUACCAAAUCCUAAAUCUCAAGAAAAUGAAGGUACAGGACCCGAGACCAAUCUUGCACCCUCCCCAGGGAGGAAGAACCAGCAGAACACCUUGGAAGAAAAUAGACAGGCCAAAACAGCCACGAGCUUGAGCCUGCCACCUGAUGGCACAGGGGACUCAAGCCCAGGCUCUGGCAAGAGGACCCCUUCUCGCUCAGUCAAGGCCAGCCCACGCAGGGCCAGCCGGGUCAGCGAGUUCCUCAAGGAGCUCAAUGUGACGGCAGCUGCUGCCCAGGUAGGGCUCACACCUGGAGAAAAGAAGAAACAGAUGGGUGCAGACUCCAAGCUGCAGCUGAAACAGUCCAAGCGAGUCAGGGACGUGGUGUGGGAUGACCAGGGCAUGACCUGGGAAGUGUAUGGUGCUUCCUUGGACCCAGAGUCCCUGGGAAUUGCCAUCCAGAACCAUUUACAGAGACAAAUUAGGGAGCAUGAGAAACUAGUUAAAACACAAAGUGGCCAGACUCGAAGAUCUAUUUCCUCAGAUUCUUCUUCAAGUAAGAAGCUCAAAGGGAGACAGCAGGGUGUUCUACAGUCUAUGCUGCAAAACCUCCGGCGCCCCAACUGCUGUGUCCGCCCUGCGCCAUCUUCUGUGUUGGACUGAAAGGAAGCAGCACCGCUGUUAUGAGUUGUGGUAUUCCUUCUGUCUAUCCAUGUCAAAGCUUAGGAGUUUGGGUUUCUAUUUUGUUUGGGGUUGGUUGUCCUUGUUGUUUUUUGAGAGACCGAGAAGUAAAAGUAACUAUUAAGUUUAAGACGUAGCUAUUACAAACUCUCUGGUCCUUCAUAAAUAAAAUGUCAUUUCACAUUGAUAGAAAGAACGCAAGAAGUGAAGAGAAGCUCUGAGUUGGUCUAUACCCCUAAUUCAGAAGAAAUAAUCUUCACGGGGGUUUUCUUUUUAAAACGUUUGUUUAUACAAAUACAUUUUCAUUACACCGACGAUUCAUUUGGUAUUAUCUCCUCAGUCUAUCACAAGGUAGUAUUUUCUCUAAAAUGCCUGCUUUACAUUAAAACUAGCAAAAACCACUGUCAGCAACACUGUGAUGAUUUCUAGUCUUACUGAAGUGAGGAUGCUGGUACCACAGAUGUUUAGGUCAUUCAUAAGAAUCUUAAUAUGAAAACCUGAAACUAAUUUGAUUUAUUCCUGGGACAAAUAAGAUGAAAGUAGUCGAAAGUAUGCAAUAACAAAUAUGAAUUGGCUUUAAGCAUCUGAAGCUAGCCCUUUGUAUGUGAACAAGUUUCUAGUUAGAAAAGCUAGCUACACGUCCAAAUAUGAGUACUGCCUGAGCCAAACAUGAAUUUCAAUCUGUACAUUUUCCUGCCCUGAAAGCAAAGUGCAUCCUUCUGUGCUUCUGACCAAAUUAUAUUGGUGUUUUCUUACACUAGAGGAAGUGUCUGCAACUGGAGGCAUGAAAUUAAGGAGAACAGUAGGUUUUGAAUUGUAAAUGUGUCCUCUGGUAACAGUUUCUGACUCAAAUGUACAGCCUGGAUUCCUCCAGAUUUAUCACUUUUAAGAAACACGCUUCAGAGAUCUUUGUGAAAUCUUGAGCUUUGGGCGGCCUUGUUCUCUCACUGGUUUCUACAGAAGGGUAUCCGUGGACCAUGAGAGCAAUCUUGGGGCCCUGAGCUAGGCUGAGAGCAGCAGCUUGCAUAUUAGGGUUGUGUGGAGAUGGGGUGCAGCAAGCAUUUGGGGAAGCCUUCCUUCUUCAUUCAUCUUCUCUAGCCAGUGCUGAUCUGAAGGUUGCUGUUAGCACAUUGGACUAAGACGUGAGAGGGAGAGCAACAGUUAGCUGCCUUUGCUGAAAUUACUCCCGAUGGGCCUGUAAAAAGGACCUGCCUUGUAUAUUUUUUUUUCCUUUAGAGACUCAAAUAUCAGUGGAAUAACCAAAUACCUAUUUUGGCUUUUUUCAGUUUAUUUCUAUUUUGUAGAUUAUUAACACAAAAAUUAUACCUGAGCUCUAAAGCCGGAGCUACGUUGCAUUUGAUUUCUAGGAGAGCAAUUUAACUGUGUAUGUAACUGCAAAUGUAGGCCAUAGUGACAGCACCCUCUGAGCUGGAGAAUGGUAAUUACAGGGUUAUACUUGGAACUUAUAACAAAUUCUUUUAAUAAGGCAUAUUUUCAGUUUCUUACUAAUUGGCCUCUGUUAAGAAUGCUUUAUAAAGUAGAAAUUACUGUCAAAUUACUGAUCAAAUUGCUAUAUUAAUGAUUAGAGAUUUAGUAUGAAAGUCUCUUUUAGUGUAAGUACUCAUUUGUCUCAGAUGCCUUUGCUGGGACUUAAUCUGUCUCCCAUCUUGCACUCACUGGAGCCUUCUGUCACAUGUCGGCACCCAUGCUGGGUAUUCACAGGGUACCCCUGGCAUACCCAGGAACAGCUGUGCACAGGACCCACUCCAGAUGGUGGAACCUAGCAAGCCUUUGCCGUGAAGUGCUACAACAGGCUGUUCCUACAUUCAAAUAGAAAGAAUUCCGGUCAUUAAUAAUGUUUGUGGAUUUAGAGUAAGCAUAAAAUGCCUAGAUGCAAUGAAGCAGAGACCUGAGAGAACUGUAGGCAUCUGUCCCAGAUUUAAUAAAUCGAAACUGCCUCAGUUGGUGUUACAGUUGUACCUCUCAAAUCCAAACCUUAAGAAGAAAUAUUUGAUUUGAUUAAUCAGUUUGGUUUUCUUUGGUACUAGCACUGAAUUCUUCAUUUCUACAAGACUCUAGAAAACAUCACAAAAUGGUACAAAGAGGUUUUGGUCCUUUUGAAUCUUAAAGAAUUGAAAGCUAUUAGAAAUAGUCGUGGAAAUACCUAACCAAAUGGAUACAUUAAGCUGGGAACCUAUUCAAGUGUUUAUAUCAUGGAACCUAUCCAUAGACACUCUUGUAGUAAAAUUCUAUUUGAAGUUUAUCCUUCCCAUAAGUCUGUGACACAGCAUUUGACCUUCAGGACAUCACUGGAACGCCUUGCAUUCUUUAUCCAGGGAGGCACAUGGUGGCUUUCCUGGCAAACUCUUCAUUGCUUAUCGUUUUGCUUUAUCUGUGUGAUAUAUACUGGUUUGAGAGUAAUUUUGUGUCUGACAAUUUUUUUACAUGUCAUUUAGACCUUCCUAAUACAUCUUAGAUUUUUAAAGAUAGAUAGCAAAUGUUAUAUUAAAGAUAGAAGUAGAAAAUAUUUCUUGCAUCAGUAAUAAAGGAAGUAAGAACUCAGGGUCUGGAAGUUCAUUCAGCAUUUACAAUGUGAACAUGCUAUACCACUCACAAAGAAAAUACUAGAUCUUAUUUAAACUGUAACUAUGCUGUGUCUGUGACCAUGAGACAAACACCCCAGCUUCCAUUGUAAUUUGUUUAUUGUGAGUGAUUUUAUAACAACAUCUUUUUGAAUUAGUGGGUUUUGAUGUCAUGGCCACAUACAGUAAAUUCUUCAUUAGCCCUUCAUUUUGAAUCAAUGACAUAAGAUAAAUAUUUUGUUAUGUCAAAGUUAACCAGAAACCCGUGUGUAUGUAUGUAUGUCCAAAAUGAAAUAGUUGUAAAGUGAAUUGAUAUGUUUUCCUACCUUGACCAUUUCAGCUAUCUGGAAUGUAAUUUGAUUUUUGAUAGUUUUUUUAUUCCUAGAAAUCAUCCAACACAUAUUAUUUUGGAUAUUUGUAUUCCCUGUAUUGUAGAUUAAAUAUAAAGCUGUAAUAAGGUGGACUGAAUGUUUAUGUAAAGCUUCUACCCAGAGGUUGGACUUUGUAACCAAAUCCUUAAUGGGAGCUUGCUAUCUCAAAGCAGAAAGAGAAAGACAAGGAAAGUGUCAUUUGAUUGGCUCUGAGAAUCAUGGGGUUUUGCUGUCCCCAGUUUGUGCUGUUUUGCUUCAUUUUGGGAUCCUCCAUCAUUCUGGGAAUGGUGUAUAUACCACACCAAAAAAUAGAACACAAUGGGAUUUCAACUUUUUGUGGGGGAUAUAUGAGAGUGUGCUUUUAAUGUCACUUGUCCAGCUAUUUUUAUAUUAACCUUUACAUUUACUGCAAAUAUGUGAGAAAUCACUGUCUCCUUUCACUUCUACAGUGAAAGUAUUUUUAAAAGGUCUCCUUCUAGUGCCACAUAAUCCUCUGUAUUUCUUGUCUACUUUUUCAGAUCAUUAUAAAGAAAACAAUAUAUUAAAUAA